UUCAUGACCGUAGUCAUAGUUGCUGCUCAAAAAGAUGUUGCAAAACUAUAGACUAUAUGUAGAUUACGAGACAACGAGUCCAAAUUAUUAAAUGUUAUUUAAUUAUUUUAACAAUAUUUUGGGAAUUGUUCAUAAAUAUUUAAAUAAAUAAUAUAUCUCUUGCCUUUUGUGCUAUCUAUACUUUCUAUUUUCAUAUGACGUCACAUGGGUGUUAUUAGACACGGUUACUGGUGCUGGCAGUAUGGCUUAACCGCCUUCGCUUGUCCUUGGGACGAAGUUUACUACUGUCACUGUCUGAUUGUCAAAACAAUUUCACGUGUUUGAGAUGGUGUUUUCUUUUAAAGUAGUUGUAAUUAAAUAAACUAAUAAUUAAUAAUUUAAUGACUUUUAUGACUUAAAAAUGGGAAAGCGUAAAUAUGAAAAUGAGAAUACCACCGAAAAGACAGGGACUAAUACAACUGAAGGCAACGAAAGCGGUCUUAUAGACCAACCUCAAAGCCAAGAUGAAAACGAAAUUAAAGGGAAAGAGAAAAGGGCUAAAGUUAGUGGUUUCGAUAUAAAACAUUUUCGCAAAGAGUUGUCUGCCAAGCAGGGUCAGACUAUGGUUCUCACCCAAUUUCUGCAAGCCUGCUUGAAUCCUGAUGAUGAAGUGGACUACUUGCUAGACUACCUCAGGGCUGGGGGCAACUCGCAUGAAAUCCUCCGACAAAUAAAUCAGGAAAGUAAAAAGAACCUUACCCUCACCACUCCAGCCUUCCAUAUUUUCCAUCUCAUCAUUCUCAAAGUGCAAUCUAGCUUACCACACAUGAUUGCCAUCACAGAAGAAACUUGUCGAUACUUUUUAAAUAAUUUCAUGUCAACUGUAGAAAUUAUGAUUAGUGAGAAUUCUGGUCCAAGGCAUAGAAAAAUAAUUCUUAAACUUCUCACCUCUAUGGUUACUCUUAAUCCAGAUCUGGGUGUUGAGGUCCUGAGCCAUGCACCACUUUCGCCAAAACACCUGCAGUACAUAACAGAAAAGACUAAUUAUAAAGAAAAAGAUAACGUUCGGACAGCAUUUGUACAUUUCAUGACAUCAUUCCUUAUUGAUGGUCAUUUACCACUCAUAAAAGCUUUACUAGAAAAGCAAGGGCUGCUGGCACUAGUGAUACCAGGUCUAGUUCAUGACGAAGCUGAGGCUGUGCUUAUGUUUUUGAAUAUCCUAAAAAAGAAUGUUAUUGAAAAUAAUUUUGUUUCCAAAAGUUUAAAACUGAAGACUUUCAGUCAUCAAGUUCUCCACAAUAUUUUUAAGAUUUUCUCUUGGAAAGGACCACUGGAACUAAAACAUGAACUUAGAACUGAGAUGCAUCUUGAAAUAAUGAAUCUUUUGUCUGAUAUUAUACUGACAUUAUUUACUUCUCAUAAAUUGGGUCUUUAUUUCUUAGAUGGUAAUUUAGGUACAACUGAUGUAAAUAAAAAUAUGAAUUUAUAUAAAGCAUUGUUGACCCUAAAAAGGCCUUGGGAAAAUAAAUACCAAUGUAACACAAUACUGCAGAUUGUUUACAGUUGUCCAGAUUUACAUAGAGCUGUAAUGAACAUAGUAGAACAGAGUUUUGAGCCACAACACUCUCCUAUUUGGGAGGGUACUGUUAACUUUGUUAUCAAGUUAUUAGAUAAAAUGAAACCAGAACAUUUAGUACCUAGAAUGAAUAGCCUUAAUGCAAUUCAAGCUGCAAAUUUUGUUAGAUUUGUUACUUUACCUGUGCCACUGUUGAGAUUCAUUCAAACCAACCUUGGAAAAGAUAUUACAAUUUCAUUAUACUGCAUCAAAGUUUUAGUGAAAAUGUUACAAACUCUGAAGAAGUACAUGGACAUUAUUGAAAUGGAGGAAUCAUCAUGUCGAAUAUUAGAUUUGAAGAAUAAAUUAGAUUAUUUUUUACCAAAGCACCUGCCUGUUCCAACAGUAAUAGUUUCAUUGGUUCAAGAUAUAGUUACUAAUAAAGUUGUAGCUGAUGAGAAACCAGAUAACUACAGACUUCCUCGUGUUCGAACAACUGAUGCAUUGCUACUUCUCACAGAUUUGCUAUUGCUAUAUAAUGACAUUCAACCAACAUUUUUUGAAGUUUUAGAAGGGAAUAUCGAUAUAAAACAGAUUUUAGAUUUCUCCACUAGUCUAGAAGGAGACAGUGUUGCACUUCUCAAAUUCAAAAUUGUGUCUCUUUGGAUAGCAUUGGAUAAUUCAGUAAUUUCUUUGAAGAAUCCAAUGUUUAAAGAAUUGUUUAUCAUUAUGCUUGAAGUUUACAUUAAUGAUCAAAAUGAAAUAUGGGUUGAAGCUAAAAGCACCCUCCACAAAUUUUUAAAAAAUACAGGUAUUUUCGAAGCUGAUGAAGAUGAAAUACAUUUGCUUUUGUAUUCUUUGCGUAAUUCUGUAGUUAGCCCAAUAUCGUUGAUUGCAAAUGUAAUUGAAUAUGUUCUCAUAAAUAUUAAAGAUUUGACCUAUUAUAUAAAAAAUCAGACAGAGAAAUUUGAAAUUUCAAAUGGAGACAGUGAUGCCUCUUUAGGGAAAUUGUUUGAUGAUUUAAUGGAGAAUCGAAACAUUGAAGAUAGUAUCUUUUUAGAAAAUAAAGUGCCUUCUAUUUUUAUAGUUGGAUGUAUACAAUUUAUGCAAUCCAACAAAGUCAAACGUAACUUAAAACAUUUUGUGUCGUUAUACAUUGGCAAUCUUUUCCACUGCAAUUAUUCACCAGAGUUAACAGAGGUGUUAAUUGGGGAUGCAAAAUUAGACAUCCGAAGUUAUAUUAGCAGCUGGGUUGUGCAGGCGGCAUCGCUGCCUGAGGACAUAAUAGUGAAAGAUAAAACACUACUAAACAUUUCCAAGUCUAUCAUUGACAAAGAAGAAUUAACUUUAAACCAAAUUUUUACAUGUUGUAAAGAGUCUACUGAUGAAGAAAAUGUAUUUGUAAACGAAAUUGCUCUAAAAGUCAAUUUGUCUAAUAAAAUUGACAGUUCCGAGUUAUAUGUUUGGGCUAAGUAUCUAAUAUUCUGUACAGUGCGUUUAACAUACAUGGAAGAAUUAGACGAAGAUAGACAAAAGAAAAUAAUAAACUAUAUUUUGUGUCUUAUUACUAUCGGUAAAAAAAGUCACAUGAUAAAUGAAUGUCGAGCUAUCUUGAUGUCCCUGUUUAAGAAUACCCAUGUACUAAAAAUAUAUCAACCAAUUAUGUUUAAACAAAAUGUCAGCACAUUAUUGGCUACUGAUUGUCUUCUAGACAUUAUAACGUUACAUACCGAUAUAGUCAACUAUUUAAACAACAAACAUAAAAUAUUGAAAUCUUAUCAACAAAAAAACUAUAGUGAAUUAACGAAAGCUUUUGUAAAAAUUAAUGAAAUGAAAAAUUUUGAUAGUAAACAUUUUGUGAAAGUUUUAGAGAUUGUAGGCAUGACACACGAAGACGAUUUGCAUAUUUUCAAUAAAAUAUUUUCAAUAGAUGCAAGUUAUUGUGUGAAAGACGACAAAGAGCCGAGCUUCGUAUUAGACAUCUUACGAACUUUGAUAGAGAAAUACUCAAAAUCUGCAGUGGAUUCUCCCGAACAUGUAAUAAGGAAAAGUGUAAAAUUGUAUACAGAAUUAUUGAUAAAUAAAGAAGUUAAUCCAAACCUUACAGACUUAGAAAGUGCGUUAACAGAAUAUUUUGAAAACAAGCCGCAUCAUACUACUUACGUUAAUGAUGAGAUAUUCAAAAAUUUCUUCAAUGCGGUUACCGUUCGGAAGUCUACGUCCCAACUCGCUGCUGUAUUAUUAAGACACAACUCGAGAUUGUGUAACAUAUUUAAAGCGCAAGCGAGUCGUCCUGAAAUACUAAAUCAAAGAGAAUUAACCUUGCCAUUGGGUAACGCAGCUGUUAACCACAAACAGUUUCUAGUAGACCAUAAAGAUUUCCUUAAUCUCGUAUAUGCUGAGUAUAAGUCUAAUAUAAACAAAAUGUUGGAAAAGCCGCAUAAGGCUGGUCAGAUAUAUAUCGCUUGCUGGGAGUUUAUAAGGAAACUAGUAGUAGAAUGCAUGGAAAUUCAAGAAUGUACGAAAUUAUUUUCUAAAAGUCACAAGUACGAAGUAGUAGAAUUGAGUCAUAUUAAUUUACUACAAGCAAUUUUCAUUAAAUUGUGCUUGAGUGAGAAAAAUAAUAAAAAUGAAUAUCUAAUUAAUUAUAUUUUAACCACGCUGCAUACAUCUACUUCAGCUUUAAAAGACGGUAAAGAAACAGAAACCUUGAUUACGUUGGUCAUUAACAUAAGCGAUGCCAUUGAUGUCUCUGAAAAUACUGGAUUUUUUGAUUUUGCAAAAAAAGAUUUUAAGAAAAUUACUGACAGUGGAGUAUGGCAGAACUUUUGUAAAGCUGUUUUAAAAGAAUCAUUAAAAGUAAAAACUGCGUCACAAGGUAGUUCAGCUGGUCCGCAUCUUCUAUAUUUAUUGACGAGACUGGUCAAGUUAUUCUAUCCAAUUGACCACGAAGACAUCAUAUCUUUGUUUGAUAUGGUAACAUCUCAUUCUGAGUUUUUAAAUGUAAUGUUGAGUCACCACAGUUCAGAUAUAAAAUCAAGGCUAAUAGCAUUCCUGUAUACUUUGAUACAGUUGAACAAAUCUGUCAUGAAGUCUCAGCAGAUCCCUGUGUAUUUGAGUUCGUAUCACGCGACCCGCAGUCCGUGCGACAGGCUGAUUUUGUCCAUUUUACACUUUUACGAAAGUAACGGUCUACCUGUAAACGAGUACAAACCGUAUGUAUUCGGGGAUUCGGCUGCGAAUCAUUACGCUGUUCGCAAAAGCAGAACCUCCUCGUUGUGGGGGCAGCCGACGCCCAAUCGAAUUUUGAACUUAUUCGAAAAGGAAAUAGUAGACAGAACGGUGAGAAGUUUUCCUGUGACACAGAAACAUGAAUAUCAUUAUGAGCUGGCUCCUGUGAAUGCAUGUUCUUUAAAGGAAUCUUUGCAUAAAAUAUCCAAGGAAGGUAUAUUUAAAGCGAAAGUAGUUAAAGAUAACGAGACUGCUAUUAAAAUUUUAUUAGCAAAGACUAAGUAUGAGAAAGUUGUCGGCGUGGAAGAUAUGGUAGUAUUUUCGCAUUUGGAUGAAGAUUGCAGUAUCUAUGAUCCCAUGUUCUUGUUCCCCCUAUUGAGUCACCUCCUGGCGCCAGGGUCUGUUGCGUCUUGUUUCAAACUUCUGCGUUCGGGACUGUUGUCGGUAGCGGUGAUGGCCCUGAGCUCGGAAUGUCCAAUGAUGAGGGCGUCAGCGUACCACGUGCUACAUAGGUUCUGUUUACUCCUAGAAACUGAAACGAGACACAAGAACGAUAAACUGUUUCUAACAGACUUUAUCAGGACACUUAGACGGAGUUUGAUUACGGCUAUAGACAAUUCAUCGAACGAAAACGGUGAAUUAAAAAAUCUUAAAAAUUUUAGAUUACCGGCCGUUAGCGCUUUAUAUUUCGCUAGAGCGUUGAUGGUGUCUGCAGCUCCCUCUGACCCGCUAUACAAAUCAGUCAAUAAUUUCUUUAUAGCUAAACAAGAGGUAGAUCUAACUGUAGUCCCUGACUUCCUGACAUUAUUUCAUGACAGCGACGUAGAAGCCGCUGACAGACGCAUGUGGAUACUGGAAAUUAUCAAGGAUGGCACUAGAACGAUGACUGACGUUAAUGUCGUGUUUAAAACGAUGUGUAUGAAAAUGUGCAUGGACUUUUACUCUUCGGUUCUGUGUGAUAGAAAAGUAAGGGAGAAAAUAUUGAAUGCACUCAACUCUGUGAUAGCGGUUCCCAGAGCACUUGAGAUACUAAUAGAAGGUUACGGUCUUAUAUCCUGGUUACACGCAGCUGUUGCGCAACUUAGAAGAGAGGACAAAAUAUUAGUAAAUGAACUGCUCCAUGUUAUAGAAAAUAUAAUUCAUAGUGUCGUUGUCAAUUCAUACGUAAAGCAUUGUGCUCUUUCAAAAAACGGCGCAAGAAUCGGGGAAUUCAAAAUAAAUAAGGAUACAGAGAAUGAAAUGUUAAUACUUCUUUAUGAUCUAUUACCACAUACUUUCGGUUUAGAUGUUGAAGAUAUUGUUACUUACAUACAAAAAUAUAAUUUUCUAUCCAAAAGAGCUAUUAAAUGUUUGACGAAAAAACAAAUUUUAACACUAGUCACUAAGACUGGCUCUUACGUCAAGGAGAAUGAAAAUGUUAAAUUAUUAACAGAUGCAAUAAUAGGGAAUGAUUGUAAUAUUCUUAAAAGCAAAUUUAUUUCUGUUAAAUUACAGGAAAACGAUCGAUUGUUGCAAGAACUAUUGUCGUUAGUAAAGACUUACAUUGUUUUCUAAUGGCAUAAAAUGUAUAUAUGUACCUAAUUAUAA